AUGGAUGUGGAUGCGCAGCCAGAAUCCGCCGUACCAUUGCAAGUACGACGACCGACGGGGACGUAUCGGCUCUCUGAUUUCAUCAUCCAACGUACCUUGGGCACCGGUAGCUUUGGGCGUGUGCACCUUGUGCGAAGCAAGCAUAACCUCCGCUUCUAUGCUAUCAAGAUCCUCAGCAAGGAAAAGAUCGUUCGUAUGAAGCAGGUCUCUCACACUCAAAACGAGCAACGCAUGCUCAUGGCUGUCCAACACCCGUUCAUUAUCAAUCUCUGGGGCUCAUUCCAGGACUCUGCAAACUUGUACAUGGUCAUGGAUUUCGUGCCAGGCGGAGAGCUGUUUACGCUUCUCAGACGGUCGAACCGCUUCCCGGACCCCGUUGCGAAGUUCUACGCUGCUGAGGUCGCGCUUGCGUUGAACUACAUGCACGGGCUCGAUAUCAUCUAUCGUGACCUCAAGCCUGAGAACAUCCUGCUAAACUUCGAUGGGCACAUUAAAAUUGCGGACUUCGGCUUCGCGAAGCACUGUAGCAUGAAUGCAUGGACGCUUUGCGGCACCCCAGACUAUCUCGCACCGGAGAUCAUUCGUAACGAGCGAUAUAACAAGUCUGUCGACUGGUAUGCCCUGGGCGUCCUCAUCUUUGAGAUGCUCUCAGGGCUGCCACCCUUCCACGAGCCUGACGCGAGCCAUGUCGUGCUCUAUGAGAGGAUCUGCCAGGGCCCCCUUGCGAUCCGCUGGCCGCCGUUCGAUAGGAACGCGACCGACCUUAUCUUGAAGUUCCUCGAGCACGAUCCGACGAAGCGCUACGGCAACCUCAAGCACGGCGCUGGCGACGUCUUCGCACACCCAUGGUUCCGUGAGGUCGACUGGGAAAAAUUAAAGAACAGGGAGAUCACUGCGCCGUAUCUCCCCAAGAUUGCGAGCGCGGGUGACGCGUCUGCGUUCGAAAGGUAUCCCGAAGACAACGUUGCGGCAACUUACGGCCAGCCAGUCAAGGACGAGUAUGGAGUGAUGUUCCCCGAAUUCGAAUAUACCAGCCAUUGA